AUGACAAUGGCCACGGCAAUGAAACUAUUGAAUCCAAGCAAUCCGAUAUUUGAAUUUAAACGCGACUCUUCUAAACUGCGAAUGGUAUUUGAGAUACUGCAAAAGCUGCUCCAAGAGACAAACGAUAAAAUCAUUGUUGUCUCCCAAUGGACCAGUUACCUAGCUGUUAUUAAAAACCGAUUGGAUGAGAUGGGUCAUGAGACACUCGACUUCAAUGGCAAAAUGGAUGCAAGUGAGCGAAGCGAGUCGCUAAGUGAAUUCAACAAUACGAGCAACAAUAAGCGCAUCUUGUUGCUCUCAUUGACUGCUGGCGGCGUUGGACUCAACCUGAAUGUGGCCAAUCACUUGCUUAUGGCUGACUUGCAUUGGAAUCCUCAGUUGGAGCGCCAGGCACAGGAUCGUAUCUAUCGCUAUGGACAGAAGAAGCCUUCGUUUAUUUAUCGCCUUAUGUGCAAAGACACUGUGGAGCAACGUAUUAAGGCACUGCAGGAUUACAAAAUUGAAAUUUCGAAUGUGGUCUUAAAUCCUGGUCAAGCAUUGCAUAUCUCUGGUAGCAAUGGUCUCUCAUUGAAGGACCUGAAAAAGAUUUUUGGUAUGCAAUAAUUUGAAGUCAAUCAUAUCUGACACGUCAUCAUCAGACCAAAGAUUGCUUUUUCUAAAUUACUAAUAGGAAUUCUCUUUAAAUAUAUUACUUAAAUAUAACACAGUGGCAUUAUAAAACUAUAUACGCCAUGAACUAAACCGAUUCUAAAUAAGAAAUCUUAUGCAAUCUGCUUAAUUCAUAAAAAUUUCAAAUUUUUCAAGAAUUUGAAGGAUCCUCGGUUUCUAUCGUAAGAUCUAAGUAAUUAAUGCUAAUUACAAUAUUAAUAACUUUCGUAAAAGUUACCAAUUUUUCCAUAUUUGUGAAACAAGCUAAAGCAAAAAACCCUCAAAAAUAAUACCUCCUUAUUAGUGUAAGAAGAAAGAUAUUGAAUUAAUUUACAUGUUUCUAUGUAGUUAGUUUGGCUAACCAAAAAAUUCAUUGCAAUGUUUGUUACUUAAAUAUAUAUUUGUUUUUCUGAUUUCAAUAAAGAUUUUGUCUUUAAGCAACUAUCAAUCUUUUAAAUUGUAGAGUAAAUAAUACAAGCAUUUGUAUACCUGUAUAGAAACUGAGUUUAUUCUGAAUUAACCAAGGGUUUGUUAAUAAUCAAAUGAAGUGAUUGGACAACGUGCAGAUUUUAUGUUUUAUGUGUUCGGCCAGAAGCUGAAAGCAAUUUUAUGUUCACUUCUUCAAGAUGCUAUUAACGGCACAGACAAUGUUUCGAGCAGAGAUGCCGAACAUGUCAAUGAGAACAGCGGGGGGUCCAGAGCGGGGAACAGUGGGCACAUACAGAU